ACUGCGCAAACGGUCUCACCAACGGAUAAGUUUAUAAAAAGGAGCGUCCCGAAAGGUUCGCCAGCAAUAACAGCUCAGCAGACCAAACAAAAGCAAACCAAAAACUAUAUAAAGUUCCAAGUGACAGCUAUAAAGCCAAACAACAAACGCCCCAGUGAUACCAACUAGUAGGGGCCAGUGUGUGAUACAAUCGUCUAAAUUUAAAGUGUGAGAAACUGAGCAAACUUUUGGCAGCCGAUCGAAAGACAAAUUCCCGUUGGUGUGAGCCGAGUGCUACAAAAAAGUAAAGGAACACUAAUAAAAACCAACCGAAAACAGGCAAUGUCAUUGGAGGAUCUCAAGUCCAAGUUGCGUCGUCAUCCCAAGCUAGUGGGCCUUGGAGGAGUGGGCCUCCUUACUGCAGCUGGUUUUUUGCUCUACGAGUCGCCGCAGGUUCGCCGCUUCCUCUCCCAGUAUGUGGACAAGAAAUCUCCGGAGCCGGACAAACGGCGCGCCGAGUACAUCUACAUCAAGUACCACAUCUACCGCGAGUCCAUGCGAAAGCUGAAGCAGAAGGAGGAGGACGAGAAGAAGUGGAUCAGCGUGAUCAUCAAUCCGAUUGGGAAAUGGUGGAAGGCGGCCAAGCACUCGGUGGCCUGGCGUCUACUCAACAUUGCCCAAACUGGCAGCCAGCCGGAGCGCCUAAAGGCGGUCCAGCAGCUCAUCUGCAUGGAUCAUUUGAAGGACUGGGAUUUCCGACAUCUGGCCCAGAUCUGCGAUGCUCGCACCGCCGUCUCAUUGGCCCGUUGUAAUGCCGACACACGCUGGUUCAUGCCCGUCCAUCGGAGGGGCUGCAUCAAGAAUCCAAAGAUGCUCCUCUCGGAGCUCCACGUGAUGUUGGCCCGACUGCGACCCAUGUCCUGCGUGGAUCACUUCUUUAGCAAAUACUUCCCCGAACAGGAUACCAUUGAGGACAUCCACGAAUACUUGACCCAGGAGCAGACCAUUGUUCUUUCCACAGCCGACACGGAUUUACUCAAGGAAAUCAUCUCCUUCCUGCACCACAUCACCAAGGAUCCCGAGGCUUCGGCCAGGCUCAUAAGAGACGGAGGCCUUGUGCACCUCAUGGAGCUGCGAAAGAUUUUCAGCGAUGACAACGAAACUCUUUCGACUCUCUGCAAGGUGUUGGCCAAUAUGUCCCUAGUCCCCGAUGCCGUGGAACAUUUCUUCUCAUCCGGUUGGGUGGGAGCCCUCGCCGAGUGGCAACAGUGCCCCGAUCUGCGACUGCAGGUGAUCUCUGCCAAGACGAUGGCCAAUCUGGAUCACGACGAUCCCAACCAGUGCACAUAUCCGCCGAAUGUCUAUCCGCUGCAUCCGCGAGUUCGCACCCGCAGGAAGCCCAAGGCGGAUAUUGUUUUUGUCCACGGAUUGCUGGGAGGGGUUUUCAUCACCUGGCGGCAGCGCGACAGGAAGCCCACGGAGCUAGGUCUCUAUGGAAAGAAUGCCUUCUACACCAGCGAAACGGAUGAUGUGUUCCUGGUGGGCGAACAGAAGAGAGUUAAUGGCAGCAAGCAAAAGAAGGAGCAGGGCAAGCCAUUGGUAGCCGGACAAGCUACCGAUGUGUCCAAAAAUGGCAGUGCAAGCCCCAAGACGGAAGCAAUUAAAGAUCCUGUCUUGAAAGCCAGUAAAAAAGUGGAGGAACAGCGACUGAACAUAAGCGAUGCGGCUACCAAGGAAUUCGUGGAAACCCUGCGAAACGAAGCAGAGUUGGACUCUGAUUGGGAGGUGGUCCAUCCGGAUGUUCCUCUAAAUGCCAACGAAGAGUGUGUCGGAAAAUUCAGCGUGUGCGGAAGUGAGUGGCGCAACCAGGACACCUGUGAGGAAUACACAAAUUGCUGGCCCAUGGAAUGGCUGCCCGAUGAUUACCCAGAUUCCAGGAUUCUCGGUAUAGAUUACACUUCAGCGGUCACAGAGUGGUCUGCCAACUUCACAAAAUACUGCCCGUGUGAAAAGGGACAGGGUCACAUUGAUGUGAGAGCCAGCACUCUGCUCGAGAGGAUCUCCGCUUCGGACGUUGGCAACGAUCGUCCGAUUGUGUGGAUAGGACAUUCCAUGGGCGGCCUGCUAACCAAGCUGAUACUGCUCAAAUCCCUGGACUCCCAGGACCCGAAGGUCCAACAGCUCGCCAAGAAUACCAAGGGCAUUGUAUUUUUGGGUACUCCACACCGGGGUUCUCCCAUUGCCAAAUGGAAGCAGCACAUGCAGAUGAUACUAUCGCCCUCCAUUGAGGUUAAGGAAAUGGAGGAGAACUCGCCGAAAUUGCUGGAGAUGCAUCGCCGAUUUAUGGGCUGCCUGCACACGUUCCUGCGCCAUGUGAAGGUUGUCAGUGUGGCGGAAGGAUCUCCCACCAUGCUGACCACUUUUAAGUUCCCACUACGCAUUGUCACGGAGGAGUCCUCUAAGAUAGAUUUCGGGGACUUCUAUCUGCUGAAGGAUGACCACCUGAGUCUCUCCAAGCCGAUUUACAGGCAAUCUUUUCUGUAUCAGAGACUAUUGCAUGUAAUCCGGGAGGCCAUCAAGGAGAAAUCAGAUCCAAAAGAUCAGGAUGGGCAUUCGCAAGUCGCUCCAAGUCAAGAUGUUGUGCUUAUGAACAUCGUGGCUUUCCUAUUAAAGGGAGCCAAGGGUCUGUUUGAAUCGCUGCCCAGAGUCGCCCUAAGAUUUAGCACUUAGGGUGGGUGACCAUCCCGCUACACGCUAGUACCUUAAUAGUAUCCCGAUUAGUCUAAGGAGCCUUGUAAUGUAUUUGCCCAGACUGAGCAGAGCUCUUAAUAGGGGCUAUUGCUUUUCGAUACGACGCAUCACCACCAUUAUCAGAUCCUUGUAAAUACUCUCGCACUCCAUGUAGCUUCUUAAACCUUAAUCCUAAUUUAUUUAUCUCGGUCAACGACUUAAACGUUCUAAUAAAAAUACAUACAUGUUUUACACUAA